AUGUCGCAACCAGCAGACAGAUGGGAAUCUCACCAUUAUCUCCCCGCGGUCAAGGCCCUGCCGCUGCCCUUCCUGAGCACACUAUCAACUGCCAUGGCUGACUUCGUGGCGGCCUAUGGGGUAGAGAUUGACAGCCCUCCCUUGUUCGACUCCACCUCAGCAAAUUCUCCAAAGCUUCGUACCUUGGCCAGAGGCUUGUCUCCUGCGUACUUGAGAUUCGGUGGCACCAAGACAGACUUCCUGAUUUUCAAUCCUAAGAAGGAACCCACCUUGGAAGAGAGAAGUUACUGGCAAUCUCAAGACAACAACAAUAUUUGCAAAUCUGGAUCCAUCCCUCCUGGUGUAGAGAAGAGGUUACAAUUGGAAUGGCCCAUCCAGGAGCAGUUGCUACUCAGAGAACAAUAUGAGAAGAAGUUCAAGAACAGCACUUAUUCAAGAAGCUCAGUAGAUAUGCUAUAUGCUUUUGCGAAUUGCUCAGGACUGAACUUGAUCUUCGGCCUCAAUGCACUCCUGAGAACAGCAGAUUUGCAGUGGAACAGUUCCAAUGCCCACCUGUUGCUGGACUACUGCUCUUCCCAGAGGUACAACAUUUCCUGGGAAUUAGGCAAUGAACCUAACAGUUUCCAUAAGAAGGCUGGCGUUUUCAUCGAUGGAUUGCAGUUAGGAAAAGAUUUUAUUCAGUUGCAUAAACUUCUAAGAAAGUCCACUUUCAAAAAUGCAAAACUCUAUGGUCCUGACGUUGGUCAGCCUCGAAGAAGGACUGUCAAGAUGCUGAAGAGUUUCCUGGAGACUGGGGGAGAAGUGAUUGAUUCAGUUACAUGGCACCACUACUAUUUGAAUGGACGAAUUGCUACCAAAGAAGAUUUUCUAAACCCUGAUGUGUUGGACACUUUUAUUUUAUCUGUGCAAAAAGUUUUCCAGGUGGUUGAGAAGACCAGGCCCGGCAAGAAGGUGUGGUUAGGAGAAACAAGCUCUGCGUAUGGAGGCGGAGCACCCUUGCUGUCUGACACCUUUGCUGCCGGCUUUAUGUGGCUGGAUAAGCUGGGCCUGUCAGCCAGAAUGGGCAUCCAGGUGGUGAUGAGGCAAGUGUUCUUUGGUGCCGGAAAAUACCACUUAGUAGAUGAAAACUUCGAGCCUUUGCCUGAUUAUUGGCUGUCUCUUCUGUUCAAGACAUUGGUGGGCAGCAGCGUGUUCACGGCAAGUGUGAAAGGCCCAGACACAAGGAAACUUCGAGUAUACCUUCACUGCACAAACAUCAACAACCCAAGUUAUAAAGAAGGAGAUUUAACGCUGUAUGCCAUAAACCUCUACAAUGUCACCCAGCACUUGCAGCUACCCCGCUAUUUAUUUAACAAGCAAGUGGAUAAAUACCUUUUAAAGCCUUCAGGACCUGAUGGAUUACUUUCCAAGUCUGUAGAACUCAACGGCCAAGCUCUGAAGAUGGUGGAUGACUACACGCUGCCAACUCUCACGGAAAAGCCUCUCCGCCCAGGAAGCUCACUGGGCUUGCCAGCAUUCUCUUAUGGGUUUUUUGUGAUAAAAAAUGCCAAAGUUGCUGCUUGCAUCUGAAAAUGAAAGGUAUGCAUUAUCCCUGAGACU